AUGAAAACAAUAGACUUUAAAAAUUCGAUUGUAUAGCAGAACAAUUUACAUUAAAAUUAUGAGUUAUUGAAUUAAUUGGAAGCAAGGAAACUUAAAUAGAUAAUACCAUCAAAAAAGGAUUUUGAAUACAACUAUUAAACUGAAGUUGUAAAAAAAUAAUAAGGUUAUGUGAUUAAUGAAUUAAGAGCUCAAUUAGAUGCUAAAUUAGUUAAUAUUAUUCAUCUAUAACUAUGCACAUUUCAUUAUUUUGAAGUCCCAUUGGCUGGCCAUAAGAAACCUUUGAUCAUUAGUAAAAAAUUGCAUUAGCAUCUUAGAUUUUACUUUUACAAAUUAAGCUAAAAUGAAAUUUUACAUAUCAAGACACACUUUGACACCCAAUAGAUUCAAUUUUGAAGAAGCAUUUUAGAGAAAAUAAGUUUUAAGAUAUACUGAGCCAGGAGAAGAUAAUAUAUUUACUACUCCAUUUUUGUAUAUGGCUAUAUUUAGUUAACAAUAAUCAAUAAUUCAUGCAAAGAUUUAAUAUGGAAUGAAAAUACAAAAGUUAUAAAAGCAAGAUUAAGAGGAAAAAGAGAGACCCAUGACUGCAUUUAUGUCUGGUAGGAUAGGUAGUGCUUUAUCAAGGAGAUAAUCAAAAGAUUUAAUACUUAUGAAUAUGAAUUUAAGAUAAUAUGAACCGGAUAAUUAAAAAAAAUAGUUAUUGAUUAGAAGAGUCUAAUCAGCAAAACGAUUUUAAGAAACAUUAGUGAAUAAAUAGAUCAUUGAUUAAGAUAAGCAAGAUCUAAUUAGAGAGCGAUAUGAACAUUCUUAGAAAAAAAAGAUUAUUAAAGAUAUAUUAAAUGUUAGAGAUUAAAUAGAUUAAUAAAUUAAAGAACAAUAAAAAAAUUGGCUUACCAAUCUAUUUUCUAUACUUAUUUGCAGACUAAUUCGAGUUAAAUAUAUAGUAAAUAUUUUUAUCAUCAUUUUAGGGAAUGGCAAAUCAUUUAAUGAAUCAAGCUACUAUAAUCAGAAAAAAACAUAGAACAAGAUUAAAUUUAAAGAAAUAUCUUACUAAACAUGGAGAAACUAUUUAAUUAAGAACCAAAUUUCAAACAUUAUAAAGUCUUUGUGUUUUUGCAUAAAUCUAUUAAAAAACAGUAAAAAGAAGAGCUGAAUUUAUCUGUUUUUCAUUUAUGAAAAGUUAUGGAUAGAUUGGUGAAAUCAUUCAAAAAACUUAUAGAUUUAGAAGAUUGAUAAGAACUGUUAUAGAAUCCUAUAGAAAUUACAAAAAAAGAGUGGGAGCAUAUGUUUAAAGAAUAAUUAUGUUAUGGAAUAAAUAUUGGGGAGUCAUGUACAAUUAGAUAUAAAAAGAAGAUAUUGAAAGUAUAAUAUCAUUAUUAAAAUUGUAUAGAGGUGAAAGAAAUUAAAAAGUAAAUGAAUAAAACAAUUAUAAACUUUUAAGUGGAUGAAGAAGUUAAGAAAUCACCAUAUUUAGAUGGGUAAAUAUUUAUUAAUAAAUAAAAGAAAAGUAUAAUUAAUAAUUGUCCAGAAUUAUUAUAAAUAAUUAAAAGCAGACUUCAUAACUAAGUUUAGAUCAGUUUAUAAAAAAGGAAAGUCUGGGGCACGUGGAGCAUAUAUUGCUGCUUAAGGUUUUGAAGUGAAGGACUUAAAUUUGUUUAAAUGUGUUGACAAAACCAUUUUGAAAGAAUUAAUCUAUAAAUAUAUGCUUGAAAAAAGAAUGAUACAAAGUGUAUUACUAAAAAAAUGA